AUGUAUGGAAACUACUAUGUUGUUGUUCUAUCUUCACAAGAGUUACAUUGUCGAUGUUUAAUGAGCAAUCCAACAUGUUGGCCAAAUGCAUCAGUUUGGCAAAAUUUUAAUGAAUCAAUCGAUGGACGAUUAGUUUCCGUUCGAUCAACUGCUUCAUUUUGUGUUGGUAAUCCACCAAAUAUGGAGGUUUGUAAUAGUGCUCUUUCUCAAUGGACGAAUUCGACAUGGCGAGCUGAUCAAAUCGGAUCGAUGCAAAACUAUAAUUGGGAAAAUGUUUCCUGCUCAGGUGAUCCUGGAAAUGUGACAUGUACUCAAGGAUCUAUUCCUCGAUUAGGAAUUAAUGCUACAACAGUCGAACAUGUUCUAGCAACAAUACGUUUGGCUAGUGUGAAUAAUCUUCGAUUAGUUAUAAAAAGUACUGGACAUGAUUAUUUAGGGCGAUCGACAGCUGCUGAUUCUUUACUUCUCUGGCUUCAUCAUAUGAAAAAUAUGAAUUUACUUGAGCAAUAUACGUCAUGUACUGGCGAAAUCGUCUCAAAUGCAAUCCGUUUAAGUGCUGGUGUACAAUGGGGUGAAGUAUACUCUUGGUUAGCGAGGUACAAAUUAAUAGCGAUUGGUGGCAUAUCAAGUACCGUAGGUGCCAUUGGUGGAUACUUACAAGGUGGCGGUCAUGGACCAUUGUCACGCUGGAAAGGAAUGGCUGCUGAUCAAGUUCUCGAAUUUGAUGUUGUGACGGCUGAUGGACAACGUCGAACAGUUAAUGCCUGUCAAAAUCAAGAUUUGUUUUGGGCUUUACGUGGUGGGGGUGGUCAAACUUUUGCUGUUGUGCUUUCGGCAGUUUUGCGCACGUUUCCUUCACCAUCGAUUGUCAGUACUAUUUAUAGUAUUUCUGCAACGAAUGAAGUACGUUAUGCUCGCUUGAUUCUAGAUUUCAUUCGAUUUAUGCCAACAUUAGCUGAUGUUGACUACUCCGGCUAUUUUUAUUUGAUAGAUUUGACUUUAAAUAUUGUAUAUUUUGUACCGAAUGGUAAUUUUACAGUAGUUACUUCGAUCUUCAAUGAAUUCAUGAAAAAUAAUAAAGAUUUACAAUUCAAUGCGAAUUUCACUACUAUGUUUCCCACAUUUUAUGAUUAUUUUACAUACAUCAUGAAUUCAUCAGAUUCAAGCGGUGGCCAUGUUCUAUUUGGAUCUCGUCUCAUUCCUGAAACGAUUGUUCGUCAACAACCUGAUCAAUUAGCUGAAGUACUCUUUCGAAUUAGAGGUCGUUCAAAAAAUCAAUCCAUAAUAGGUGGACAUUUUGUAGCUGGUGGGGAAGUAUCCAAAGUAUCGAUUAAUAAUAGCAUUAAUCCUGCCUGGCGUACCGCGCUGAUGCAGAUCAUUUUUAUACAAGGAUGGUAUGAAAAUACAUCAGCAGCUGAUCAAACACUUCUUGCUUCACACCUACGAACUCAAGUCGAACUUCUUCAAACUGUGGCCGGUGGUUCACAAUCAAGUUGUUAUUUAAAUGAGGCUGAUCCUAAUGAACCUGAUUGGCAACAGAAAUUUUUCGGUACUCAAGCCCACUACAAUCGAUUAAAAUCAAUAAAAAACGCUGUCGAUCCGAAUGGUUUAUUUAUUUGUAAGAAUUGUGUUGGUAGUGAUGAUUGGUCUACUGAUCUCAACUGUCCGAAAAAUUCCAUGCCGAACUGA